CUACUCUCAAUCAAUAAUCCUUUCGCACGUAAGAGGAAAAGUCGAAUCAAUAAUCCUUUCGCAGGUAGAGGAAAAGAUAAUGGGUACUCUGGUGGAUCCAGCCUUCGUCCAAGCUCCCGAGCACCGUCCCAAAUCCACCGGCACGGAGGAGGCCGUUGGCAUCCCACUGAUCGACCUCUCCCCCCUCCUCCACUCCCCCAUCCCCGCCACCGGCAGCGCCGCCACGCCGGCCAUCUCCAGUCUGCUAGCGGAGGUGGAGGCGGCGUGCCGGGAUUGGGGGUUCUUCCAGGUGAUCAACCACGGCGUUCCUUCGGAGCUCCUAGACAACCUCAUGGCAGCGUCCAAGGGAUUCUUCGCGCUGCCGGCGGAGGAAAAGCGGCGGGUGAGGAAGGAUGAGGUGAAUCCGCUCGGCUACUUCGACACGGAGCACACCAAGAAUGUAAGGGACUGGAAGGAGGUGUUCGACUUCACCGUCCAGGAGCCGCCCGUGAUCCCGGCGUUGGCCGAACCCAGAACUGCUGAGUUCCUAACGUUUAAGAACAGGUGGCCAGAGUAUCCUCCAGGAUUCGGGGAAGCCUGUGACAAAUAUGCAAAAGCUGUGAAUGAGCUAGCUUUCAAGCUAUUGGAACUGAUUGCACUGACCUUGGGCUUGCCUGCCAAGCGAUUGAAUGGGUUCUUUAAAGAUCAAUCUAGCAUCAUCCGCCUCAAUCGCUACCCUCCAUGCCCCUCCCCUCACCUUGCCCUAGGCGUUGGCCGGCACAAGGAUGGCGGAGCCCUCACCAUCCUGGCUCAAGAUGAUGUCGGUGGGCUUGAUGUUAAGAGACGGUCUGAUGGUGAGUGGAUCCGUGUCAAGCCAAUUCCCAACUCUUAUAUCAUCAAUAUUGGUGACACUUUUCAGGUCUGGAGCAAUGAUAAAUAUGAGAGUGCCGAACACAGGGUGUCUGUGAACUCAGAGAGGGAGAGACUCUCUAUUCCCUUCUUCUUCAAUCCAGCACAAUAUGUGACAGUGCAGCCAUUAGUGGAGCUUAUAGAUGAAAAGAAUCCGGUUAAGUACAAUGCAUACAAGUGGGGGGAGUUCUAUAAGACAAGGCAAAAUGGCAACUUUAAGAAGCUGGAGGUGGAAAAUAUUCAAAUUUAUCAUUUCAAGAAGGCAGUAUGAUUUGCUCAAAAGUCUUCCUAUGGAGAUGAUUGUUAUCUGAGCCAUACAAAGGAGUGUUAUGUUGAUAUAAAACCUAUUGCGUAUUCCCAGUUACCAAUGUAAUCACUAUGUCAUACAUGUAUACAAUAAAGAAUUAUAUAUUUACAUAUUUAUAUCA